AUGGGCAGCGAAUGCAGACAUGUUUACCGUCACAACCUAAACCUCACGGCGGAGCAGAGAGAGGAUCCCGCGGCUAUACUGAGCGCCCUGGAGAGUCGGGCAACAGCGGCCUGUGCCAGCAAUGCUAACUACUACCAGCGACAUGCUAUCUGUUUUCUGCAGGAGGUCCAGGAGGACCUGCAACAGGUGAACCAAGCAGAUUACCUGAACGUAACGGGCCAACGCCUGGAACAAAUCAGGCGACACACAGACAAUGAUGAGGGUCUGCAGGCAUUGAGGUACACAGUCACCACAGGCUGGCCGGAUCUCAAAGAGCAGACAUCCAUUCCUGUGACCAACAAACUCCUUGAGCCGGUGGUGGUGACAGGAGUUACUGAGAAGCUUCAAUACAGGAGGCAGCUCGCCAAGUCGUUCUACGACCGGUCAGCGCGGGUCCUACCGGAGCUGGAGGUAGGAGAGACUGUCAGAAUGAAGCCUCCUCCUGGCGACACCUCCCGCAUAUGGAGAGCUGGAACCUGUCUUGGCAAGGUCGCGCCUCGGUCUUACCUUGUGGACAUGGACGGUUCUGUUUAUCGCCGCAACAGAGUGGAUCUUAGAGUGGCAGAAUCAGGGGCUGCUCUGGGAUUUGGGGACAGUGAGUGUGUACCUACUGUCAGUUCAGAACGGAACCAACUCCUCAUCAACGUGAGGAAGACCAAGGAGAUGAACCACCUCCUCAUCAACGUGAGGAAGACCAAGGAGAUGAACCACCUCCUCAUCAACGUGAGGAAGACCAAGGAGAUGAACCACCUCCUCAUCAACGUGAGGAAGACCAAGGAGAUGAACCACCUCCUCAUCAACGUGAGGAAGACCAAGGAGAUGAACCACCUCCUCAUCAACGUGAGGAAGACCAAGGAGAUGAACCACCUCCUCAUCAACGUGAGGAAGACCAAGGAGAUGAACCAACUCCUCAUCAACGUGAGGAAGACCAAGGAGAUGAACCACCUCCUCAUCAACGUGAGGAAGACCAAGGAGAUGAACCACCUCCUCAUCAACGUGAGGAAGACCAAGGAGAUGAACCACCUCCUCAUCAACGUGAGGAAGACCAAGGAGAUGAACCACCUCCUCAUCAACGUGAGGAAGACCAAGGAGAUGAACCACCUCCUCAUCAACGUGAGGAAGACCAAGGAGAUGAACCACCUCCUCAUCAACAUGAGGAAGACCAAGGAGAUGAACCACCUCCUCAUCAACGUGAGGAAGACCAAGGAGAUGAACCACCUCCUCAUCAACGUGAGGAAGACCAAGGAGAUGAACCACCUCCUCAUCAACGUCCCAGCCAAGUAUUACCUGAACCGGCAGGUUCUCCACAACCCCCGCCGUCAGCAGGUUGGUUUGCCCAUCAAUGUCCACAGUCAAGUCAGUGGUUGGAUAGAGGUGUCUGUCACAUACAAUGUCUUCUUGUACCCCGUAGUCUAUUUUACCCACUGGUACAAGAUCCUGCCUUACAAGAGACAUGAAGCUGCCACUGUCCAAUAA